UCUCUCAUUUCCAGUCAAUGAGAACUUUCACUUUCUCUUCCACACCUGUAUAAAUGCACCUGUAGCUCUUCAGUAUCACAGUACCACUCCUUGAAGAGACUCUCUGAAGCAGCUGAUUUGAGCUCAGACCACCGAAGAAAACAAGAGACAUGGCCUCUCGAGUUACAGCUCUGCUCUUGCUGGUUGUCAUCUGCAUUGGGUUUACAGCAGGUGAGAUUGCGGUGGACUGCUGUCUGUCGACCACUGACAGGCGCUUGCCCCGCAAUAUCCUUUUAAGCUACGUCAUUCAGGAAUCUGGAAAGGGCUGCGAUAUCAGCGCUACUGUCUUCAUAACAAGGAAAGAAAAGAGACUGUGUGCUCCCGAGUCCAGCAAGGCAAAAUGGGUGCAAGAUCUCAUUACUUUUCUGGAUAAGAAAAGACAAACCCGUUAGUAAAUGAGGUGCAGAGAGGAGUAGAAAAGAUGGCUGAAGAUGAACCGGGAGUGAAUCUAAACUGAGGGCAGAAGAAAAAUUCACUUCUGUUUCUGAUCAGAGUCUCAGAAUCGUCAUGUUGCACUGUAGAAGAUCAGACCUGUAUGACCACUGAAGAAUCAUCACUUCUUUUUUAUUUAUGAUGAUAUAUUGUAUGUGAUUUCACACCAGAUUUUGUGGAUGUUAAUUCUCAUGUGUGCUGACUGUGGUGUAAAACUUCCUGACAGAGCAGUUGUGAAUGGUUUUUUUUCCCCCACCUUUCUUUUUAUAAUCCCUGUGUAUGAAAUUGACUAAAGAAAUAAGAUUUGUCUUGACUUGUCUGGAAUUAACAAUGAAAUCCUGUUUGUCUUUAUUCAUAUUACCGUAAGGAGCUUUUAUCUUUUAUGAUCAUGUUCCAAAAAUCGCAUGAAUUUGUGCUGUUUUAGUGACAAAUGCAGCUGAGAAGAGUUGUGUAUGUUAAAACUAUUGUUGAGAAUUACUUUAAAAUAAAGUUUGAUAUAAAACUGAAA